AUGUGCUUUGGCAGCAAAUCUCAGCGUGACCAGUCCGCCGUCGGGCCCAAGCCUGCGGCCGCUGUAGCUCAGCAGAACUCGGCAUCGGUACCGGUAGCAUCAAAGACUUCCCAUACCGCACCGCAACAGCAGCAGCAACCACAACGGCAGUCUGAGGAGUAUACGCCGCCGCCGGGCCCACCACCUGGGUCGUCGCAGACUCCUCGACCUCCUCAACCUGCAGUUGAUGAUGGUUUUGCGCCGCCUCCAGGUCCGCCUCCAUCGCAUACUCCCCAACCCUCAGCAACGACAAGUGCCGAUUAUGCACCACCACCAGGACCACCUCCCGGAGCAGCAGCGGCAGGAAACACCACGUCAACGACAGACUACGCACCACCCCCAGGCCCUCCCCCAUCCCAGAACCCCUCCGGCCCACCCCCAGACUACAGCAGCCCGCCCGCCCAGCAACAACAACAACAAGAACAACCACCCCAGCACGACUGGCAGGCCGCCGUCCCGGACACGUCUCUCUUCCCACCGCCGCCGGACAUCUUCUCGCACCACGAGUUCUCCCCUGCCAACAACGCUUCCGAGUUGGAGAUGGAAGCCGGCGAGGCCUGGUGCGCGGCGCACCCGCUGUCGCCCCCGCUGGCGCUGGACCCUCCCUCGGCCGCCGCCCACGAGGCCCACAACCCGCGCCUGAUGCAGCCAGCCAACUUCCGCGGCUUGCUCCGCUGGCUCGGCCACGGCCACUGGGAGCUGCGCACCGCCGACCGCCGCUGCACCGACUCCACCGUACUUGCCUACCCGCCGCUGUACUGCGCGGGCCGCCAGCAGCAAGCCAGCGCCGCUGCCGGAAAGCCGACCGUCGUCUACUACGAGGUCCAGAUCCGCAGCGACAGCCGCGCCGACGAGACGUCCCUGGCCGUCGGCUUCGCCGCACUGCCCUACCCGCCCUUUCGGCUCCCGGGUUGGCACCGCGCCAGCUUGGCCGUGCACGGCGACGACGGCCACCGCUACACCAACGACCUGGCCGGCGGCUGCAGCUUCACGACGCCGUUCCGGCGCGGCGAGAGGAUGGGGCUGGGCAUCAAGUUCGCCGGCGGGCCCGGCGGCAGGGUCGUCAUCUUCUUCACCAGGGGCGGCAAGGUCGACGGGAGCUGGGACCUGCACGAGGAGACAGACGCCACCGAGGUCGGUGGUGUCCAGGGACUCGAGGGCUGGCACGACAUCACCGCCGCGAUUGGCACGUUUGACUUUGUGAGCCUCGAGGUGUUUUUCGAGCCGUCCAAGUGGUUAUACAAGGGAGGUGGUCAAGAUGUCAUGUAA